UGUGCCAGCGCCACGAUUACAUCUCACGAGGUCGAAAUCAUUGUGAUAAGUCAUGCAGCUACGCAAUCUUUCGGUUCUGAUCUUUCUUAGUCAAUGCUUGGUCGCACAGUGCCUCGCUACCACUACUUGGCCCAACUCGUUUCCCAAGCAACUUGUCGCUAACCGGCGUCGUCAAGGUCUGACCACCUCGGAAUACCUGUACCAUCAUACGAUAGUUCAUGGCCGCAAAUCAUGGAACGCUCCAGACACUGUCGACCAGCCUAUCGCCUAUGUUCAGGGCCACAUCUUUGACUCAGCCUACGGCAUCAAUACCACGGAAAAUCAUGCUCAACCCUCCUAUUUCGGCCACAACGACAUAACCGAGCUAUACAGCCGUUCUGAAUCAGCCUUUGCCACACCACCAUCGAACAACUACACUGCGACGGUCAUCGGUCCCGAUGGGAAUGCUUUCAGUGACUUCUCGGGAGUGAUGAGCUUUUACGCUCACGAAGCAUUUCAGGACGUACAGAAUACUUGCCAAUCUUCCGAUAAUUUCGAAACUUACAACGCCUUUUAUUGGGUUGUUGCAAAUGCUUCCAACGCGAACACGUCUUCGUUUGACAACUCGACCUUCGCGGCCAACAUUAUGAACAGUCUUCUCGCGGACAUCCCCUCCGGUACGAUCUAUAAUGCCAGUACUCACACGCCGGUUCCUGGUCUCGACUCUCGUGCCUACUAUGGUGGUUACAAUAAUCCAAGUCUGAACGGUGUCUUCAAAUUCUGGCUUUGCGACGACAACCCCUCCGUUACUGCGUUCAGAAAUGCACAGGCCAAACUUAUUGCAAAGAACAAAGACCUUGGUAUCAACUUCGAUGCGAGCUUUGUCACCUUCAGUCGAUCUUUUCUUCUCUAUGAUCGUCUGAAUAGCAUACCUUUUGAUACUACAAGGGGGAAUUACGCUCUUCUUGCAGACCGCUUUCGCGGCAAUGUUGCGCAGCCCCCAAAGAUAUAGAAUAUAUGGUGUGGCAACAAUUAGGAUAGGUGCAUGUAUUUUUGUAAGUUAUAACACUAAAUUAUCUGUAACGUCUGCUUCAUACAAAAGUUCCAACCAAUCAAGCUAAACACCCUAACUCUUUCUCUCGCGUUACUAUUUGCUUUCGUCGUCUGUUACGAUGCGUAGCUCUUUUGCGAGUACGAAGUUGUUCACGUUAUCAAUCUAGACUAGACCAAGACCAAGUCAGACCAGAUUAUUACGAUCAUUAGAAGAUAAUGACGAUAGUU